AUGAGGACAUGUCCUCAUUGUGGAUGUGGGGAGAUCGACGAAGAUGCAGCUAGAGGUUCUUUUUUUUGUCUGUUGAUGUCCGUUUAAUAUUGAAAUUCAGGCGAUGCAACGUGUAUGGGCUGCGGAACCGUUCUGGAGGAGUCCAUCGUGGUCUCCGAAAAUCAGUUCCAGGAAAGAUCUGGUGGAUCCGGUCAUACUCUUGUCGGUGUGUCUAUUAUAGUCGUUCUGAAAUUUUUCUGUCUUCUAAAAGUAAAAUAAGCUUUCGUUAAUAAUGACUAUUUGUUGAAGAAUCGAUUCAGAAAAUUGAAUGUCGGUAAAAUACAAUAAAACAGUGACUUGUGACGAUUAAUUGGGCACAAAGGAGAAUAUUUUAACGGAAAAAAGGCCUAUCCAGUAAGCUGUUACAUUGUUUCAGGUCAAUUUGUUUCGGCGGAAAGGGCCGCCGCCCAAAAUGUCCACGGCCUUGGGAGCCAAGAAUCUCGUGAAAUGACUUAUCAAAAAGGCCGGAAAGUCAUCGAAGAAGUCCGUCAAAUAAAAAAAUCUCGAUAGUUUGUUUCUUUUUAGAUCGCCAGUCAGCUGCGCAUCAAUCAGCAUUGCAUAGACACGGCUUUCAAUUUUUUCAAAAUGUGUGUCAUCAGAAAUCUGACACGAGGACGCAUGCGGUGAGCUUUUCUUCGGAACUGAACGUAAUCUCAGGAAAACAAAGUAUCAUCUAAAAACAGAGAAACUUACUGAAGCAGAGGGCGACUUAUCUUAGGCUCACAAGUUUCUUCGUCUAUUCGGAAAAUAAACAGCGUAUUUUUAUGAAAUAGGUCCUGUAGCAUUUUCCAAAUCGUUACAAGAAAAGAUUAGAGAGAGUUGAAAAUGACAUGUAGAGCGUUCUCAAAAGCCUGCUGGUGAGCUUUGAGAAGCAUAGAUCAAUUCCGAAAGGCUUCAGGGAGAAGAGCCGUUUGUAACUUUAUUCUAGGGGAUUUAAGACCACCUCUUCGAAAUUUCUAGCUCUCAGUUUCAGAAUAUACUGGUUCAUACACGCUAUGAAUGUUGAGUAAAUCAGUAAUAAUCAGUCCACGGAAAAAUCUUCUAGAGUGAACGUCGUCGCAUCGUGUAUGUACAUGACCUGUCGCCUCGAAAACACCGCCCAUCUUCUUCUCGAUUUCAGUGACGUCACACAGGUAAUUAGCGAUCGAGAUUGAGGACAGCUCCUUUUCUCAGGUGAAUGUGUUCGACUUGGGCAGGACGCUGUCGUUUCUCACCAGGUCGCUACGAAUAAAUCUUCCGUCGACGGACCCGUGCCUUUACAUUAUGCGCUUCGCCUGCAUGCUCGAGUUCGGCGAAAAGCAGAAAGAAGUAGGGACUCAAGUUGUUGGAGAGAUUUGAAGGAAUAAACUCAAGGUGGUGAACUUGGCGACGCGGCUAGUGCAGCGGAUGAAACGCGACUGGAUGUCGACGGGCCGUCGGCCGACAGGUCUCUGUGGCGCGGCGCUGCUCAUCGCUGCCAGGUUCAAAGUCUCUCCAAACCGAACAUUUCUUGAGUCGUCACGAUUUUUGGUCUUUCUUCCAAUAAGUGCUUAGAAAAUGUAUAGUUCAAAAUAACCGGAGUGUGGCUUCAUUUUCCGGAUGAAUAUUUCAUUUAAGAAAAAGUUUUGACAUUGGCUUUUUUUCGAAUAAAAGUUGACCUCAAAUCUCUUCUAAUUGGAAAAAUUUCUCAUUCUUAUCCAUUUGAAUAGAUGUAUAGCGAAUAUUCAUGUGAGAUUUUAUGUGAAGAAGCGAUCGAAAAGAGCUGUAGUCGAAAAUGUUCUUGUGACAAGUACUGUAACUACCUUUGACAAGAGGCUUGAGGGAAUUAAAGUAAAUAUACCGAAAUGAAGGUUUUGUUUAACUUUUUGUGACCGACCCGGCGGAGCAAAGAAGUUUUUUCUUGUUUUUUUUUAAGCUUUAACUCCAUGACCGCGGCCUAGCGCCGAAUCUUUUCAUGAAUUCAAAGCAUAUAACCCAGUUUCUAGAGUAUUUGAAAUCAGAAAAGGGUAAUAAGCGCGUUGUUAGGCAGUAAAAAACGUUUUGAUUUGUUUUAGAUGCGCAGAUUUACAGCAAAAAAGGUAGCGGUCGAGCUGAAAUCCUGCAGUAAAAGAAAAAUUUAGACUUUUCCUUAAGAUCGAUGAACUUCAAUCGCACGAUAUCAGACGUCGUGCGCGUCGUGCACAUCAGCGAAUCUGUCGUGCGAAAGCGACUCGACGAGUUCAGCCAGACGCCGUCGGGAUCCCUCACCAUCGACGAGUUCUCGACCGUCGACUUGGUCCUCUCGCCUACAUACUCCUGUAGCUGUAAUCUCGGAUCUUCAGGAACACAACGAGGAUCCGCCGGCGUACAGAGAAGCGCGACGCAAGGCCCAAGAAGAGCAGAUGCGACGGGAGGCAGAACAGGCCGAGCAGAUGCAUACUGAUGUAUAUUUCAUUGCACGCUCUCAAUUUCAGAAACAGAUAGAUUUAAAAUAACCAGAGGAAAGAAACUUAAGUUAAGGGAAACUUAUCUCACAGUUUUCAUUAUUUCCGCUAUCGGAGAUUGCUGAGCCAUAGGAAUUUGCAUACAGUAAAGCUCAAUAAAUUCACCCUGGAAUUUCCUAUGUGUAGUUCUCAGCUCAUCGACUCCAUUAUUUAAAUGAAGAGUCGUGUUUGAGUAUUACAUAGCUGAUAUUGAGACCAACUUUGGAAAAGUCGAAGUUUUGUAAAAGAGAAAAACGUUCAGCUGCAACCCGUCGAGGAAGAGCUUGAGAAAGCGUUGGAGAAGAAAAGACGAGAAAAGUUCAAAAACACAGCUUUUGCGAAACUCGUCGGCGGAACUUUGGGUGAAUCCCGUGUGUCUGGACGUGUUGAUGAUAUUUCGGUCACAGAAGGCGUCGGGAAGGCGGAAGACGAACUAGUGCGAUCUGAGGUUCUCGACACUGUUUACGGCGUCGCCAACGAAGAACCUGGGUCUUGACCCUUUUCUGGCAUCUUACAACCAUCGAGAUUCAGAUGCUCCAACGACAAUUUCGAAAUGUUUCGACCGUCUUUGGAAUCCCUGGGAAUCCGCAGAAACGCCACGGCGCCGGAGAUUGAGAUCAAAGAUCUGCCUAUGAAACCACCACAGGAAGAAGAUAACUUGGACGGUAAUGUUAUUUUUCCGAAGUUUGAUAACAAUAACAGUUUAAGAUAUCUCUGAUUCCGAAAUCGACACUUACAUUCUGACGGAACAGGAGGCUCAAAUGAAAGAGAAAUACUGGAUGAAAACGAAUGGGGAAGCGAUGAAAAUGAUUGAGCAAAGGUUGGCAGGAAAUGAAGACCUUGUUCAGUUUUUGAAUGAAGGAAGCGAGCGAGGGACGAGUUGGAGGAGAAGGAGAAAGACAAUCCGAACAAGAAGAAGAGGAAACCGCGCGUUCGAGGGACGAAUGCGGGCGGCGCGCAGCCGACUUCCGCCGCCGACGCCAUCGGAAAAGUGAUCCAUGUGAGUGCAGGCAAACGUAUCUCACUGACAGGUAUUUCCAGGAGAAAAAGCUGUCCAACAAAGUCAACUACGACAUUCUCAAAGAGAUAGACAUAAAACGAAAAUUACUAGAUCAGCCAUCCGUUCCCAGUUCCGAUAACAUCGUUCAGGUUGGUUUGGCUUGAUGAUUCUGUCUACAGCGGCCACUUCGAUUUAUAGUAGUUUUUCAAAAACUCAUAUCGAUAUAUUUCCCAUAAUUUCCCAUAAUCCAAUAAUUAACGUACCUUCGAUAGAACUAGUAAGACCUCAGGCUCUUCUGUCGUUCAGUAUAACGUAUAAAGAGAAACUUGAAUCCACAAACACAGCAGCCAUCUGCGGACCUUCUUGAUAUACCUGAUGAAUAUCCUGAAGUCUUAACUUUCACAGCUCUAGAUUUAGUUUCGAAAGACACCAUUCGAAGUGAAACAAUAUACUCAAAAUAAGAGAGUAUUGAAGUCCUCACGAAUACAUAUCACGUUUUCAGCACAUUAACGAUUUGGUGAAGGUAGCUUCCAGUGAUUCAAAACACACAACGGUAAGCCAAGGAAGAAAACAUCUUUCAAAACCGUCUCAAGGAGAUCCGUGGCCACGGCACAGCUGCGCCGGAGAAUCUGACGAAUCAUGAGAGGUCGAUGGCGCGUCGGAACGUGAAGAAAUCGACGGCCGCAGUGGAACUUCAAGGCGUUCUCGACGCCGUGACGUCACUCGCCGAUGAUGGCGUCAAGAGCGAAGUUCUCACACCAAUGUUCGAAACUCUCGGUAGAUCAGUAGGAAAGCUUUCCUUUUGAGGAAAACUUCUCUGUCGCCGACGAAGAAUGCCGCACGGCGCCGUCCCAGCUGUCCGGCCGAACAUCGCCGCCGCCGGCAAAAAAACUCUCUUUGCCUCUGAGGAAAGGCCGUCUUCGAGUGCUGAGGCUCCCCAAGCCAGACACUGACACCUUGGUGAGUUGCACCAAUAUACAUUAUUCUUGCAAUUCAAAACUUUAUUCCUGAAAAGAUAUCCCAAAAAUAUUCACGAUACGCAAAAACUGUUAGGUCUUCAACCUCUUUGGUUUAGGCGUUUAGUUAAGGAUCUGGUAUUAUCACAUCAGUUUUUGCAUAAUAAGUGCUGGUCAGACUCUCCCAUCCAGGUACAUAACAGCUUUUACCGCCCCAGUCAGCUCAGAGGAAAUGGUUUUAAAUUAAUAAAAACAAAACCUUUACUGGUUUCCUUCAAUUUCUUAUCACAUCGCAUUACUAAUGUUUGGAAUGACAUUGAACAUGAAUUAUUGGCAGAGGAAGACAAAAAAAAAUUUAAGGACAUGUUUUUAGUGUAUGCAGAAAAUGUUGGCGUCGAGAAUAUUCUUUCAAGUGUUCACAGAUUUGUGCCAUGAUCAACUUGGUUUUAAAUAUCUACUUAUUAUGGUUCUAUGUUUCUUUUCUCACACAAAAAAACUUUUUUUUCUUCACAGAUGGGGUUAGUUAAUCCACCUAGUGGUCUUUUUCCCUCCCUGCAACAUCACCAUACCAUCCCGAUGUUGCGAAAAAAUAAAUAAAUUGAUUGCUUGAUUGAUAGUUUUUUUUUCAUUUCUAUUAGAAAUGAAAAAGGAAGUAUCUUUCGGCUUCUUUUUUUUUUCAAAAAACUUGGGUUAAUACGUGAACAUAAGAUUUCAGCUCAAAUCGCCGACAGACGUGAAGAUUCCGAUUGAAGCUGUCGACUCAGUCGUUGGAAAACCAGCAAUCAAGUCACGAUAUAAUCGAUUGAAACCGAAUUUAGCACCUUCAGCAAAACCAGCUAAACCUCCGGUCGCUGAAAAGGUUUUUUUUUUCAAACUUUUUUUUUGAUAUUGAACUACUUUUAAGACCGAAAGAACAGAAAAUGCUGAUGAUGAGAAGAGUGUAUCGACGAAAGAAGCGGAAUGUCCUCAGUUCGAGGUACAGAUAAUCAUCCUCAAAAAUUGUAUUCCAAUGAGCCGUUCAGAAUAAAAAGAGCAGCGACUCUUCUACGAAUACCUGCGCUGAGACCAAAACUGUCACGAAAUCGCGUUAUGUUCGAGCGAAACCAAACACUGGUUUGGCCAAAAUGGUUACGAAAAGCCCAGUGAAAAAUGUCGAGGUUUUCUUAGUUGGUCUUUUUUCAGUGUUUAAUCAUUUGCUUUCAGGCCACACCUGUGGUGGCCGUAGAAGAGCCACAGGAGAAGAAGUCCAAACGAAAGGAAAAAAUCGCCGAAGACCCGCCGCGCCGUUCCUCUCGCCGAUGA